UUUCUUGAAUGAUUACUAUUAAACACAUCUUUUAGCUAUCUCAAACUCUUUUCUCAUUUUCUCUACUCUCAUUUCUUCCUCUAAUUUCUUUCAACAACGUAAUCCAACCAUGUCUUUGCUUGGAGCCUUGUCCGCCAUACGAGAAGUUGUUGUCUCCAAGUUCUUUGACUAUCUCCUAGACAAGUUGGGUUCUUCUGAAUUCCUGCAAUUUGCCACUGAAAAACAGAUUCAAGAAGAGCUCGAGAAGUUGAAGAAGGAAUUGCUGGAGAUUCGUGCGCUGCUUGAUGAUGCUGAGGAGAGGCAGAUCAAAGAUCAAUCUGUGAAAAUCUGGUUGUCAGACCUCCAAAACGUGGCAUACGAUGUGGAUGACAUUGUGGACGAGCUUGAAACCGAAAUUACCAGGCGCAAUUUGAUGUUGGAACGUCGUGGCAGCUCAAGUAAGAAACCCAGACUCAUUUCUGAUACAUUCAACAUUGUUUUGAUUAACAGGGGCAUGAUGUCAAAGAUAAAAGAUGUUACUGCCAGAUUGAAGGAUUUAGAGCCUCGGAAAACUCAGUUGCAACUGAGAAUAAUUGACUGCUCGAAAUCCAACAGAAUAAAAGAAAGGCAGCAGCCUACUUCUCUGGAGAUCGAAACUCAGGUGUAUGGCAGAGACAAAGACAAGGAGACAAUACUUGAAUUGGUCUUCAACGGUGAUGAUGACGGAAAUUUUGUGAUUCCCAUCGUUGGAAUGGGAGGGAUCGGUAAGACAACUCUGGCCCAACUUGUUUAUAAUGAUGCUACUGUUCACGAUCAUUUUGAUCUCAAAGCUUGGGUUUGUGUUUCUGAUGAUUUUGAUGUCACAAGAAUAACAAAAGCAAUUUUCCAAGCAGUCACUUCAAAGCCAUGCAAUGACAAUGAUUUGAAUUCGCUUCAAGAAAAAUUAAAGAAGGAGUUGUCAGGGAAAAAUUUUUUGAUUGUUUUGGAUGAUGUCUGGAACGAGAACUAUCAUGACUGGACCAUUUUACAAUCUCCUUUUCUAACAAGGACUCCGGGAAGCAAAAUUAUCGUGACAACAAGAAGUUUUGCUGUUUCAUCUACAAUGGGUGCUUCUCUUGCUCAUUCUUUACAAGUUUUGUCAGAAGAUGAUUGUUUGUCUGUAUUUGCUCAACAUGCAUUGGGAACAAAAGAUUUUGGAGUACAUCCAAAUCUAAAAGAAGUUGCUGAGAAAAUUGUGAGGAAGUGCAAUGGCUUGCCUUUGGCCGCUAAAACCCUUGGAGGCUUGCUUCGUACUAAUGUUGACCUUGAUGCUUGGGAAAACAUAUUAGAAAGUGAGAUAUGGAAGCUAUCAAACCAUCAGUGUAGUAUACUUCCAGCUCUCCAAUUGAGUUAUCAUCAUCUUCCUCCACAUUUGAAGCAGUGCUUUGCAUAUUGCUCCAUUCUUCCUAAGGACUAUGAAUUUCAAGAGAGAGAAAUGAUCUUGUUAUGGAGGGCAGAAGGCUUUUUACAAGAAGCUAGAGAUAAGCAUAGCAUUGAAGAUCUAGGCCACAAGUAUUUUAGAGAUCUAGUAUCAAGGUCUCUUUUGCAAAUAUCAAACAAAGAUAGAUCUCGAUUUGUUAUGCAUGACCUCAUCAAUGAUUUGGCUCAAUCAGUUGCUGGAGAAAUAUGCUUCAGAAUAGAGGGUGGUCAGAAAAUUUCAAAGCACGCUCGCCACUUAUCUUACAUUGGUGGCAAGUGUGAUGGCAAGAAAAAGUUUGAGGGCAUCAGUGAAGCGCAACAUUUACGCACUUUUUUGUCAUUUUGGCUAUCAGAUUAUAAGUUCUGCUUCGUAACUAAUUAUGUUCUUAUGCAUUUGUUGCGAAGUUUGAGAUGCCUAAGGGUGCUUUCUUUGAGAGGGUAUCAAAUCUCGAAGUUGCCAGAUUUUAUUGAAGAUUUAAAACAUUUACGGUACCUAGAUUUUUCUCGCACUCCUAUUAAAUGCUUGCCGGAGUCCGUAAGUACCCUCUAUAAUUUAGAAACCCUUCUAUUAAGGGAGUGUGAGAUGCUUGAAAAGCUACCGUCAGAGAUGGAAAACCUGGUCAACCUAUGUUAUCUUGAUAUCACAGGUGCAAACAAAUUAGAAGGCAUGCCAAAUAAUUUUUGCACACUAAGUGAUCUUGAAACACUAUCCAAAUUUGUUUUGCAAAAGGGCAAAGGAUGUCAAAUAAGGGAGCUAGAAGGUUUAUCAAAUCUCAAAGGUCAACUUUGUAUUUCAGGGUUAGAGAAUGUGGUUGAAACUCAAGAUGCAUGGAAGGCUAAGUUACAUGAUAAGUUAGGACUGGAUAAGUUAGAAUUGAUUUGGAGCGAAGACUUUGAGAAUAGAAAUGGAGAAAUCGAGAAAGAAGUGUUGGAUUUACUUCAUCCUUCCAAAAAGCUUAAGGAGCUUGCCCUCAAGUUUUAUUGUGGUGUGAGGUUAGCAGUAUGGAUAGGGGAUUCUUCAUUCAAUAAGUUACUAUCAUUAUGCCUUGAAUAUUGUCCAAAUUGCAUAUCAUUGCCAUCAAUUGGGCAAUUGCCAUUGUUGAAAAAAUUAUGCAUCAAGGGAUUGGACAAUGUAACUAGUGUGGGGGCUGAGUUCUUUGGAAAGAAUGCAUCAAAUGCAUUUCCUUCAUUGGAGACUUUAGAAUUUGAAAACAUGCCUAAAUGGGAGAAUUGGAACUUUUGUGAAGUUAAUGAGGAAGCUAAGAAGUUUUCUAAUCUUCGUGAGCUUCGUAUUGUGAAUUGUCCGGAACUGUUGGGGAGUAUACCAGAAAAUCUUCUUUCUUUGGAGAAACUUGUGACUUGGAAUUGUAAGAAAUUGGUGAUUUCAAUUCAAAACCUUCCAAUGCUUUCGGAAUUGGAUGUUCAAGGGUGCCAGGAGAUAGUGUAUAAAGGUUUUGUGGACCACAGCUCAUUAAAAAGAGUCUGUUUUUCAAGAAUUCCUAAAUUUACUUGUGCAGCAGAAUGGUUGACGUUAGGAUCAAUAAAAGUGGAAUCCCUUAAGAUCGAAGAUUGUGAGGAAUUGUGCUCUUUGCAAGAGAACAGUUGGGGAUUGCUAACUCGGUCGAUGUCACUUGGUGAAUUGAGUAUUGGAAAGUGGUCGCAACUUGUCUCCAUAGGGGCAGAGGAGGAAAGAGAAGAAUUGAUGCAAUUGAAGAUCCCUUGCACCAUUCAAAAACUGACAAUAAGGGAUUGUGUAAGGUUAGAAAAGCUAUCAACAACCUUGCAUUACGUCUCAUCCCUUGGGGUGUUAGAGUUUUGGUAUUGCCCAAAUCUGAUUUCUCUUUCAAACAACAAUUUGCCUUCGAAUCUCAAAAGCCUAGGGAUUUUUUAUUGUGAAAAUUUACGGUGUUUGUUGGAAGAGGGAGAGAAUGUUAACUUCAGCAAUGCAUGUUUUCUUGAGCAGUUGGAUAUUAACUAUUGUCGAUCUCUGAUUUCUCUUUCAAAGAACAAUUUACCUUCGAAUCUAAAAAGCCUAAAGAUUGAAAAUUGUGUAAAGUUGCGGUGUUUGUUGGAAGAGGGAGAGAAUGUUGACAUCAGCAAUGCAAGUCUUCUUGAGCAGUUGGAAAUUAAGUUUUGUCCAUCUCUGGUAUCUUUAUCAUCAAGAGGGGAGUUACCUACGAGGCUUAAGCAACUAAAAAUAUACAGUUGUCAAAAGCUAGAGUCCAUAGCUCAAGAAAUUCAAGAUAACUCUUCUCUUGAGAAUAUUUUUAUCGAUAGGUGUAGUAAUAUUAAGGAUUUGCCUCGAGGAUUGAACAAGCUCAGCCAUCUCCGGUUGAUGCUAUUAAGUAAUUGUUCAAAUUUGGUUUCCUUUCCUGAAAGUUGUUUAACCUACUCAAACCUCAAAGUGCUCCGCCUAUAUGUUAAUUCAAGACUCGGAGCUUUGCCAGAUGGUAUACACAACCUCAGCUGUCUUGAAGAAUUAGCUAUAAAAAAUUGCCCAAGUCUGACAUCCUUCCCAGAAGAGGGCAUUCCUACUAAUCUCAGGCAACUUACCAUCCAAGGACGCAACAUCUGUAAGCCACUAAUUGAGUGGGGAUUGCAUAGACUCACUUCUCUUAACUCUCUCUUCAUAAAAAGUGGGUGUCCAGAUGCAGUGUCGUUCCCACAAGAGGAGAUAGGAAUGACGUUGCCCUGCUCUCUCACCCGUCUCACCAUCGCCAAUUUCCCAAAACUAGAAACCCUAUCCUCCAAAGGCUUUCAAGACCUCACCUCUCUGGAGUACUUGGCCAUCGAUUCUUGCCCAAAUCUCCAGUCUCUUCCAGAAAAGAACAUGCUUUCUUCGCUUUUGGAGCUAUCUAUUAAGAAGAGUCCAGUGCUAGAAGAACGGUGUGGAAAGGAUAAAGGACCAGAAUGGUCCAAGAUAGCCCACAUACCUUGUGUGAAAAUUGAUAACAGAUACAUCUAUGAUUCCAGCUAAUUCUGUUUCAGAGGAUAAUGGUUCAAACAAUAAUUCUUCAGGGCACCAAAGUUGACAAGAAAAGAGUUAGUGACUCAAAGUCACAGAAUAUGAUACUUUCAAUUUCUUAUGCUUGUUAUUUGCUGACAGUAAAGAUUGAAGUUGCAGAAAGGGAAUUCAAAUUGGUCAUCUUGGUGCUGGUUUUUAUAUGGCACAGAGGACCUACCAACUAUGGAUGUCUGGAAGGUUGAAUGAUCUGUGAGACCAUAGCUGCAGUAGUGAAGUUGGCUUUGGUUGUGUCUUGAAAAUUGAAGUCAGCUUCUUUGAUCCACAGUUCUGGACAAGUAUAGCUGAAGUUUCUUUCAUUUUAUUGAAAAGAAAUAGAAAAACCAGGACCUACCAACUAUGGAUGUCUGGAAGGUUGAAUGAUCUGCGAGACCAUAGCUGCAGUUGUGAAAAUGACAUUGGUUGCAUCUUGAAACUUGAACUCAUCUUCUUUAAUCAAGAGUUCCGGACGAGUAUAAUCUUUCAUUUUAUUGAAAAGAAUCAGAAAAUCCAGAGUUUCUGUGCUCAAUUGGGAAUUAAUGGCCUAUCACCUAAGAAGACAUUGAUAAAAGAUUCAUCUAUUAUUUGAAGGUGGAAAAACAACAACCAUUUCCUCUCAUGGAGAAGAAAAUGGCAUAAGUAAUGGUGGAAAGGAAGGUGAUAAAGAACAAGAAUGGUUCAACAUUGUCCGCAUGCUCUUUUCCAAAUUGAUGAUAAUUUCAUAUGUUAUCAAGAGGAAUAUGACUAAAAUCAAUUAGAGGAUGUCCCAGAGAAGUCAAAUUGAAAGCUGUUUAAUCUCUGAAAAGUAAAGGGAGGAAUGAGGGAUUACAAAUUUGCAUUAUCCUUUGCUUAUACUCAAGGCUAUGUGAGGAGUCUGUACCACCAGUCACAUGGAUCUUUGUCUGGUGUCUGUCUUUCCUGUCAGUUUGAUUUUCAUUCUUUUUGUAGUAUGCAAUGACAUUAAUUAGAGCCUACAUCCCAACUUUGAGUUAGGAAAAAGGAAACUGAUAAUCUUCUGCUUAAAGGCAUUCAUGGAAGUUGUGGAAUGUGCGAGACAAUGUAGAUAGUAAAAAGCUACUUUUAUUUAAUGUUCAGGUGUUUACAUAUUUAUAGCUUCUUUUUUGUGCCUCAAUUUCAGUAAUUUCAGUCCAAUUGGAGCUCAAUGAAGGUCUACAAGCUAGUUCCAUACUGAAACGGUGUGAAAAUGGAUGAUGGGAGGAAAAGAUAGUAAUUACCAACGAAACAAUACUUUUUCUAAUACAAUGGGAACUUAAAGAAGAUAAAAAAUGGUAAGUGGCAGUGCAGCACAGAUACUGUUUCUUAACAGAACGGGCAAUGCAGCACAUUUAUUGUUUCUUACCAGACCAACUGUACAGAUGCAUUGAGCUUAUGCUUUAUGGAGAAGCUUCCCUGCCUGUGCCUCAAUGUCUGAGAAAUGUAGAUACUGUAGCAGCAGUGAUAUUGAACCUAGGCAUUAUCAAUCCACGCCAUUGUUUUAAGCUGUCAAUAAAAGUGGGUACUAUUUUGUUUGGAGACAUGAUAUAUCCAGGUUACAAGCAUGUUAAACCACUUAAAAGUGUGCAAGGUUUACAAAUUACAACCUGCAAACACAAUGAUUGUAGUAGCCGGCUAACUCAAGUUAGAGAUCAGGAAUAUUGAAUGCUCCUUUCACCUAUAAGGAUGAGCUAAAUUUCUCUUGGAUCUCUCUGUGGACUUGGCUUUCUGGCCUAUAAAAGUUCAAGUUGCAGAAGCUUUUGUUCUACAGAAGCAAAUGAAGUUUAGAAAUGCAGUGUUCAACUUUAUGUUAAAAUAGCACAAAGGACAACUGGAAAAAGUGAAGCAACAGAGGUUCCAAGAACUGUGACAGAUAGCGUUGUUGCUCAAUUGCUGCAUGAGCGCACUUGAGAAGGCCUCAGCAAACACCUUAGGGAGUCACACCUGCUAGAGAGGUUUCAAUUAAAGCUUCAUGAAAGACCAAUAAACUUUGCAGUGGCAGUGUCAAUAUCAAUUUCAUAGAAGCAAGGCCUUGUUGUUAGCCCUGGGCAUUGUGCUUAUUGUACCAACUAAAGGAUAAAUGAACCCAGUUGCUAUGCUGGCUCUCACAUCCCUUGUUGGUAAAGUUAAAUACACUUGGCGCUCCCUGCUCCGAGGCAUUGUGUGAAAAUGAGUACUAUGUUUUUGCCAUUCUGAUUGGUAGAUCAGAAAUCCCUUGUCUGCUGUACAUCUCGAUCUGUUUCUCAGCCUGAUUUGACAAAAAGAAAAGAUAGUGAUUAUAGUAGCAGGUUAACUCAAGUUAGAGAUCAGGUAUAGAUCAAAUCUAAACAAUGAGUAAAUCAAGGUUCGAAACCAUUAAUCCUGCUUCUGGAAAUACAGGAAUAUUGAAUGCUUCCUUUCACCUAAAAGCAUGAGCUAAAAUUCUCUAUUGAUCUCUCUGUGGAUUUAGCUUUCUGGCCUAAAAGGACUGAAAAGGUUUAUGAAGAGCCACAAGAGGUUAAUUCUUUUUAUGAAGAGCCAUAAGAGUUCAAGUUGCAGAAGCUUUUGUUCUACAAAAGCAAAUGAGGUUUAGAAAUGCAAAUAGAAAGAAUUUGCAACAAUCACCAAAUCUAGGUGGCUGGAAGGACAAUGCUACACUGAUUUCUCUGCUGCCACUACCAUUCACUAUAGCCUUGUGCAGCUUGAUCGGCUAAUAUCAACUUCUCUACCUUGAUCGGAACUGAACUGAUAAAUGAUGAAAGAUAGCAAUGAUACUACCAUCAGUGGCACAAUCUUCCAAACCAGGAAAACAAAAAUCCCUCCAAAAAUGGUGAUGUAUUUUACAAUUACUACCAUGGAAGAUUAAACUCAAAUCAUCCAAAACUUCCUUUCUUGGUAUGUAAUCAGUUUGAACUUUGAAGUGAUCUUUCUGUCUUCCCUUAACACAUAUGUUAAUACAGAUUUCAAUUUGAACUUUGAAAGUUGAUUUCAUUUUAAGAAGAAUUCUUGUCCCAAACUUUGAAAAAGUUGUGCAUUCAAGGUUGUGACUAGUUAUUAUUUUUGCUUUGAUAAUCUCCCAGAGCUGGAGUCAAUUCUGUUUCUAUUAUGUGCCCAUCCUUUGUUAUCAAAGCGUAUGUCAAUGCAAGCAUAUUAAGCUUUGAGCGAUUAAAAUAAAAUGAUCUUCUUCUUAGUGAUGAUCUUCGAAUACAACAGAUUGAGUUUUAUCAUCUUAUGUUGGUUCCUUUCUGUGUUUACAUUUUUUAGACCACUUACACAUCAGUAUAUAACGGACCUUUUACGUAAUGCUUAUACGCACUGCCAUAUGGAAUUUUCAAUUUCCUUUUUACUGUUUCAUGUGCUUUGGAAAUAUUUUUAUUUGCCUCUCAACUCGAUAUUUUAUGAGAUUAUUUUUUAACUUUUCACGAGAUUGUGUAUGUAUGCUUGGUGAUGAACAUGAUUUAAUUUAGAAACGGAUUUACGUAUAUAGAUGGUGUUCAUAGAUACCCA